GACGCGAGCUGGGGUUCACAGAGGAUCGGAGGCAUCAGGUCGGACGGCAUUAGGACCCUGGGGAGCCGCGAACGGCCAUCAGAGGUUCGUCCCCUCCCUCAGUUUGGGUACAGUGGGACUGGUGAAACACAAACCUGCUGCAGCAUUGGAAGGACAAACCUUCAGCUAAAGGACCAAUAAUAAGCUCGCCUGACGGUUUGACUCUGGCCCAAGUGCACAUUCGGAGUGUCGUGUAAUAUUCACAUCACUUGGUUUGUUUAGAGACUGCAAUUAUAGCCAAGUGAUUCUGGAUUUGCCAGAUAUUGCAAGAUAGCUUGUAAGAAUGAGUGAAUUCUGGUUAUGUUUCAAUUGCUGUAUUGCAGAACAACCACAGCCAAAAAGGCGGCGGCGAAUAGAUAGAAGCAUGAUUGGAGAGCCAACAAAUUUUGUUCACACAUCACACAUGGGGGCUGGAGAUAUGUUCGGGAAUCAAAUUAACUCUUUAAAUGAUGUACAUGGCCAGAUGCAAUCUAAGGGCGGUUACAGUGACACCGUGCCAAUUAGUAUUCAGACAAUGCAUCUCAUUGAUACGACAGCAGCAUAGCAUCAUCAGCAACUGAGUUACAAAGCUCCAGUUAAUCCAUUAAUUCUUGUCUUCUUUAAUGUGUUCUUCUGUGGCUCCUUGAUUCUCCAUAUCUACUCUGCCAGAAAGUUUUUGUAUGGUUAUUGAAGGAAAAAACAUUGUGUUAAGUUUCUGGACUCCACCCUGUGGAACUUGUUGCUCCUAAUGCAAAUUGAAAGCACACAGAUGAACUGCCCUUCAGAAGUGGAUGAUACGUUCUCCAUAUUGGCUGAAUCAGUCAAAUUGGAAGUGUUUUUUAACCAUGACGAGUUUGUCUGUUUUGACUUGCAAAAAUUAUUGGAGUCAUAAUUACCAAUACAUAGUUGAGAAAUAAAACUUUUCAUCAGACCUCAAAUGACUGCACAACUAUAUAUGGAAUGAUACUUACGUCUUGUGUUCUAUGGGUUUAUUUUAUGCAAUCUGUCUCCAGAUCUCUGGCAGCAUCAUUUCUUUUCCGUGUAGAGUUGCAACUUCAGUGGAAUAUGGGAUGUCCAGUUACUUGAUAAUCGGGAACCAAAUGCUCAGAUUGAUAUGUUUUUGCAAAUAUUGCUUUUUAAUAAAAUAAUUAAUUCCCCCAUUUAGUUAAAGAUUUCUUCUCUCUACAUCUGAAAGUGCUGAUCUUCCCAAUACCAGUCCCUGGAUGCUGACUCUUGACUGGAAUACAUUCUCCAGGUGCUGUCACUGACUGGAGCAUGGUCCUUGGAUGCUAGUUCUAACUGAACUAAUUCCCAGGGUUCUGACCCUGACUGGAGUAUCCACCCCAUGUGGUGACACUUGCUGGGGUAUGUUUCUCCAGGUGCAUUUUCUGUUGAAGUGCAGUUUCCCAGAUACACACUGUAAUCCAGUGCCCCAGGCUGAUCCUUGCUGGAGUACUAUUUCCAUGGGCAAAUUUCAGCACAAUUAUGUUUUGCCAGGUUCAUUCGUUGCUAAAGUACUGUUUACCAGUAUUAUAUGCUAGGUAUUUGUCAGGUGCAUUCCCUUAUUGUGUACCAUUCCCCAGGUGCCUUCCUUGAUGGUGUAGUGUUCCCCAUAUACAGUACAUUCCUUCACGAGGAUACAGCUGAUCUGGUGAAUUGUUGCUGGUGUCCUGUUCCCCAGGUGCACCCUUUACUGUGGUACAGUUCCCCUGAUUAUUCCCCAGAUGCAUUCCUUGUUCGGUUACAUUUGUGCAAUGCUGACUGUUGUGGAUACUCUUCUCAAGGUGCACUUCUUUCUGAACUACAGUUGCCCAGGUGCAUUCCUUGAAGGGUAUAAUUGCUCAUUGCUGGCAAUCUUUGGGUAUGGCUUAUUAAGUACAUCCCUCCUGAGGUCUAGUUCGCUAGUGCACUCCUUACUGGGGCGCACUUCCACAAGUGCACCUCUUGCUAGGGUAUAGUUUCUGUUACAGGUGCUGGUUGUCUGGGUUGCUCUACCAGUUUGGUGCUCCCUCUGACAUUGCCCAAUCACGGAGACUAAACUGUUUAUCGGGAGUCACCAUUUUGUAGUGGAAUGUGGAGUGAGAUGUACCCUCUGGACCUAUAUUAACUUGACUGCACACCUCAAAGUUACUGACAGUGAGUAAAAUGCACAGCAAAAGCAGGGAAUACACCAAUACCUCUGCACGAACUUGCACAGUGAAAAGUUCUCAGGUUGACUUUUGUGGGCAGCUAACCUCGUGCUGGAAUUGUUGGAUGUGUUGUAUCUAGUUUAUACCUUGAUUUUUUUUUAGAUUAAAAUUUAGUGCAUUCCACUUUGUGACCUGUUCAGCACAACUUUAAAACUGGAAUAAAAUAAUACAUUAGAUAGUACUGAUCAUGGUCGUGAUCAGGUUCCCAUAAUUUACCGAGCCCAUCAGGAUGGGAUUGGAGUGUAAGAGUGUUGAGGGAUGAUAGGAAAAGAAAGAAAGUAAGUGUGGAGGGGUAAGGACAGACCUGGGAGUUGGAGGAGGAGCACAGUGAACAGUAAAGGGGCAGGCUUGAAACUGGCAUCACAAUUUGAGUUCUCUUUUGCUUUGCUGAUGGAUAUAAACCUGUUGAAACCCUAAUAAAAUAAUCGAUGCCUGCAUACUAGAAAUCAAUGGAUAUCAAUUUUAAAAAUGUGAUUUUGUAUCUGGUACAUUAAAUUUCCAGUCUGUGGUGCUGUGAUAUGAUUAGAUUGUGUUUGUGCAAUUGUUCUACUCUGUAAUAGUUUGAAUGUGAUGAAGAUGAGGUUCACUACUAGCUAAUAGUUUUUUUACUGUUCUCAAAAUACUGACCUUUUUUUAAAAUAAAUGUAAAACCAGAAUAUGACAGCAGUAUUUGGAUCAGGUUUUUU